CCCUUAAUCCUUCCUCCUCCUCAUUUCCAUUAUUCGAGUCUCUUCUAUUCCUCCUCACUUCCAGGAUAAAACUGAAGUCUAGACAGACUAAAAACCUUCAAUUCUUCUUCUCUAAAUUCUUCUUCAAAUCAAAAAUCAAAAUCACCACAAACCCAUUUCUUCAAAUCAAAAAUCAAACACACCCAUCAUCGAGAUCUAAUCAAAAAAAAAAAUGGAGAAACAAACAUUUAUAAUUGAAGCAAAAGAAGCUGAAUCAAUGGCAAAAGACUUAGGUUUUGAAACUGUUGUUCAGCUCUUACCCUCACUAGUUAAAUCUGCACAGAAGCUAGCAAGACCACCAAUUUCAAAGUUCCAUGUUGGUGCUGUUGGAUUAGGAUCUGAUGGGAGGGUUUAUUUUGGUGGAAAUCUUGAAUUUCCAUAUCUACCUCUUCAUCAUUCAGUUCACGCUGAGCAAUUCUUGAUUACUAAUGCUAAUAUUAAUGGUGAGAAACCUGUUUGGAUUUCACAUAUUGCUGUUUCUGCAACACCUUGUGGCCAUUGCAGACAAUUUAUGCAGGAAAUUAGGAGAGGUACUGAUAUCAAAAUCAUGAUUAUACCUGCUGAUUAUAAUGGAAUUCAAGAUUCUGAUUUGUGUUUUAAUCCAUUGUCUUCUAUGUUGAGUCAUCCAUUUGGUCCUCCUGAUUUGCUAGAGAAAGAUCAUCCUUUAUUGUUGGAGGCACAUAAUAAUUGUUUGGUUCUUGUUGAUUCUGUUAAACGGAAUGGAAUUCUAAAUGGAAUGCAGGGUGAGGAUGAGGAGGUUUGGAUUCAGCUUAAGAAUUGUGCACUUGAAGCUGCAAAUAAGUGUCAUGCUCCAUACAGUGGGUGCCCAUCAGGUGUUGCUUUAAUGGAUUCUGCAGGGAAGGUGUAUAAGGGGUCUUAUACGGAGUCGGCUGCGUAUAACCCGAGUUUGGGACCCGUACAAUCGGCAUUGAUUGCUUAUGUUUCUGGUGGAAGUGGUGGUGGUGGUUAUGAGAAGAUUGUUGCUGGAGUUUUGGUGGAGAAAAAAGGAGCUGUGAUUAGGCAGGAGAGUACUGCUAAACUCCUUUUGGAAGCCAUUUCUCCGAAAUGCGAUUUUCGUGUUUUUCAUUGCGAUUCUUCCAUGAAUUAGGUUGCUAUGUGAAUAUGGGUAUGCUCAAAUUCAUGGUUAAGUGUUAUUUGAACUGAAUUGAAGACAGGAAGGGUCAAAAUUUGGUUGAUCCAUAUGUAUGAUGCUCUCCAUGUUUCCUCUUAGUUUGAAUUACCAUGUUAAAAACAAUAAUGUGAAGAAUUAUUCAUGGAAUUGAAGAAUGAAAGAAUAGACCAAUUGGGUAUUCGAUACUGUAAUUUCUGUUAACCUACUUUAAUGAAAAGAAAGUCCACUUUCGGUGCAUA